AUGAAACCCAUCACUCUUUCUUUCCUCCUAGGCCUCGCCAGCCUCACCACAGCCCGCACCGACCUAGAAGGCUGCGUUUCCUCGGAAGUCAUAUUCGACCACUACUACGCCAGCUACCUCUGCACCGUGGCAUCGACUGCUUCGUCGACUACUGAUAUUGUGCUUGCUUCUGCAACGCAGACUUCCGAGUCAUCGGACUCGUCUUCCGCGUCGUCUUCUUCAUCCCCGUCCGGCACUCAGACUGCUGAUAGCAUGAUCACCGAUGCUCCCUCUAGUCUUACGGCGGUUGCUUCCUCUUUGAAGAUUUCUACCUCAUCGACCUCGAACACUGGUAACGCUACUUCGACUUCCGCUGCAGCGACCAGCUCGUCCGCUUCCAAUGCUGCUACUACCCCCGCCUCCAACGUGGCUGGUAUCAUGGCAGUGAUGGCUGCUGUGAUCGGGGUUAUGAUCCUAUAA